AUGGUCGAUGGGAGCAGCAGUUCGAAAUUAUCCGCUUCAGAGGAGAAACCACCACCAGCACCUCAGAAUACUGAACAAACCUCUCCCCCCAAGGAACAAGCCCACGAUUCCCCUUACUCUGACCCUUCAAAACCUUCAGCGAUAUCAUUUCCACCAGCUGCUUGUAUCUCUCCGCAAGAAUCUCGAUUCGCGAUGCGAGAGUGUGGAAACCCGUUGGCAUUCUCACAGAAUCAACAAGACAGGAAUCGAACAUCCAAAAAAAAUCCACUUAGAUCAUCAUCAGUCGUGGUACCAGAACCUCAGUCCCAACAAGAUACAAAAGAUGAAGUGCUCAAUGUCAGUAGCGUAGCCUCCAGCGUUGAUACUCCACCGGCGCAUCUCGUCUUUCCCCAACAGAUAGAAUCAGCGGGCGACCAAGAACCACAGUCUUCAGUCGAUCACCACAUAAUUGAAGUUGAAUUGGACGCACGAAGAUCAUCUUCGACUCUUGAUCUUUACGACGAAUUUCCAUCUACGCCGACCAAAGAAGAAAAUGCUUAUCCCAUUAGUAUAAGUCCAAGCACACCCUCUCAAGCACACCUCAAUACCGUUCAAAAGAGAACAUAUUCACUCUCUAACUUUGAUCAUCCAGGACACGAUUCAAAUAAUCUUCUUCCUCAAUACGAGAACAUAUCUGGAAGUCGAGAAUUUAACCCAAACAACCGUAUCUCUUUGAAAAAGGAUACAUCUUAUCUUGGGAGACUUGAACCUGAUUACCGCCCACCUUCUACAAUAGGUCGGAAAGGUGAUUUCAAAAAUAGUCCAAGAUCAGAACUUAAAUCUUUCUCAAAUCCACCACCUGCUUAUUUCACUGGAUGA